AUGAUUGGGGUGCGGCAGAGCCAGGCGCAGCCAUCGCCGAGUCGGCCGCAAGCCGGCAAAUGUCGAUCCCAGCCCCGGCAUGCCCCGGCCCCGCACGGAUUUAAGUCGCUUCUGGGUGCCGCUGUUUUCGGCAUCUCCGGUGCCCGCAGUGUCCGAUGCCGAAGGCAGCUGCGACAAUGGAGAGUCAUGCAGGUCUUGCCUGCAGGACUAUCGCAGCUCCAAGACCACGCCGAUCACUCGUGGAUUAGGGAGCUGUCUCCGGAUCCCGAGCAGGAGCUGCACGAGCCCAACCGUGAGAAGCGCCUGGUCUCUGCAGGCCACUAUGUCCGGGUCAAGCCGACGCCCUUGUUGAAUUCAUGCCUCGUUGCCUGCAGUUCGGACAUGGCAGAUCAGCUUGGCCUCUCAGAGGCGGAUUGCCAAUCGGAGGAUUUUCUGCAAUACGUGUCCGGGCACAUGGAGAGCAUGCCGAAAAUGAGAAGCUGGUGCACCCCCUACACCCUGUCCGUGGCUGGAAACGAAAUAACGACCGGCAACAUGUAUGGAGAUGGUCGGGCGAUCUCUGUCGGAGAAGUGAGUUUGGGAAAUGGGAAGCGCUGGGAGCUGCAGCUCAAAGGAGCCGGCACGACACCUUUUUGCCGCGGUGCAGAUGGCAGAGCUGUCAUACGAUCCAGCUUGAGAGAGUUCCUCGCAUCCGAGGCUAUGCAUCACCUCAGGGUCCCAACAACACGCAGUCUGUCUCUGGUCGUGUCCCGGUCGGAGAGUGCUCUGCGGGAGUGGCUGGGUGAGCGUGUUUACGAGCCCUGUGCAAUUACCUGCCGGGUUGCCAGAUCUUUUUUGCGAGUUGGCCACUUGGAGCUUUUCGGGCGUCGUGCCAGGGACAGUGGCUAUAAGCCCGAGUCUCUCGAGCGACGGGAGCUUGAGCAGGUCGUCCGACAUCUCAUUGCCCGGGAAUACCCUGAGUGCUUUGAGCCGGGUGACACCAACCUGCAAGCGCCUCUGAGGAGAAUGCUGUUGCCGAUGGCGCGUCGCAUGGCACGAUUAACUGCAGAAUGGUGGCGUGUCGGAUUCUGCCAAGGGAAUUUCCAAUCUGACAAUUGCUUGCUUGGGGGAAGGACAAUGGACUAUGGCCCGUUUGGCUUCAUGGAGAAAUACAAUCCACACUGGUGCAGCUGGACAGACGGUAUUGACAAGUUCAGCUUUCGCGACCAACCCAAGGCAUCGUAUCAAAAUUUUACUUGUGCCAUCCGAUCGAUUGAGUGUCUUCUUGAUACAGACGGUCGCAAAGAGGCGCAGUCGGUCUUACGGGCAUUUCCGUCGCUCUUGGCUGAUGCCUUCGCAGAGGUUCGAAUGCAAAAGCUGGGAUUGUCUUUCUGGGACGACAGAGGAGCUGAGCUGUGCGAUGACCUCCUCUCUCUCAUGGAGCAGUCAGGCGCCGACUGGACCCUCACCUGGCGCUGCCUUGCCACUGUAGCGCAAGAUUGGGACGAGCUGAUGGAAAGUGGCAGUCUCUUGGCACCCCUGCGACGGUGCUUCUACCAAAGCCUGAAUCCAGACCUGGAGAGAGCAUGGUCCCAGUGGCUUUGGGAGUGGCUUACCCGCUUGCGGGAAGAAGGAGAUGAUGCAGACGAAGUCGCAGACCGCAUGAGGCAAGUCUCACCCAAGUAUGUGCCUCGCAACUGGAUGCUGAUGGAUGCAUAUCAGUCAGCUGAGAGUGGAAGCUUUCAGCUUGCACAAGAGCUGUUGCAGUUGUUUUCCAGCCCGUAUGACGAACACCCUGAGUUCGAGAGCCGAUAUUUUCGCCUGGCACCUCCGGAGGUCAGAACGCGGCCCGGGAUCUACGUCAUGAGCUGA